AUGCAGCUCUCUUGCCUUCUGGCCCUCCUUGGAGCUUCAAGGAUUGCCUGGGCCGCCCCUGUCGCAAACAAUAAUCAAGUCGAGUCAACCUCCGGCGAUCUUGAAGAACGCUUCUUCUACACCAAUUACGACCUUGAAAAGCGUGACGAAGAGCUCGACAAGCGGUUCUUCUACACCAAUUAUGACCUUGAAAAGCGUGACGAAGAGCUCGACAAGCGGUUCUUCUACACUAAUUACGACCUUGAGAAGCGUGAUGAGUGA